UGAAAAACACGAUGCCGAAUUGCCGAAUGAUUUGUAAACAAGAGUGAAAAUCGCGAAAUAAUUUUUAUUUCAAGUUUCAAGCUAAUUUUCUCACUUGUAGUGAAAUUAUCAACCUAUUAUUUUAAUUCGAACGUUAUUUUCGAUAUAAAACAGUCAUCAUGUCGUUCGGAGCAGCUGGUCGGGUUCAAAAGGUUAUGAUCCAACCUAUCAACUUGAUCUUUCGAUAUCUUCAAUCCAGAGCUCGAGUAUCGAUAUGGUUGUUCGAAAACAUCAAUGAAAGAAUAGAAGGCCAGAUCAUCGGUUUCGACGAGUAUAUGAAUUUAGUCCUCGACGAAGCUGAGGAAGUCAACGUGAAAACCAUGAACAGAAUUACUUUAGGAAGAAUAUUACUAAAAGGAGAUAGCGUUACGCUAAUCCAAAAUAUUUCCGAUGGUGGAAAGUAAUUUUGCGUUACAUUUACUUGAAAUGUUUUCGAUGUGUAGAAAGUAAUCCAACCCGAACGUCUGCGUUGGACAAAUGUUUCUUUUGUAAAAUUAUUAUUUUUUGAUAAUUAUAGUCGAUUAUUUUUAUACGUUUACAAAUAGCGCUGUUUACAGGUAUUGAUUAAAUAUUUGGUUUUAAGCUGAAA